AUGUCUCUUUCCGACAAAGUUCAACAGCUUUCCAGAAAGAUCCCUUUCAAGCACUCCACCAUAAUUAGCAGUUUGACCCUCCUUUUUCUGACAAUAGCAGUUUUCCAUUCAUAUUCCAGGAUUGCCAGCUUAGAGAGGAGAUCAAGCCAACAUGUAAUUGUAGCAGCCGGAGCAAUAUAUAUUCGGUGGGGGCGUUCGGUCUGCCCGAGGACAUCUACCCUUAUCUAUGACGGUACGUCCCUAAGAAAUUCUUCUUCUUCUUCUUCUUCUUCUUCUUCUUCUUCUUUCUAUCUAUCUAUCUAUCUAUCUAUCUAUCUAUCUAUCUAUCUAUCUAUCUAUCUAUUAAGAAGACGGACUUCUUGUAUAAGUGGAGGCGAAUUCUACACCCACACUGGAGGCAGCAGUGAUAUUCUCUGUUUGCCUAAGAAACCAAUCUGGGAAAAGUUCACUUCUGCCGGAGAAGCGUCCGCUUACAUCUACGGCGUAGAAUAUCAAAUCACCUUGUACCAAACAUUGAGCAAAAAUGGAAUGUUCUCAUCUAAAAAUGCGCAAUCCCUUCACAACAACAACGUACCUUGUGCCGUUUGUCAAACGAAGGAUCCUGGCUCAGUAAUAAUGGUCCCAGCUAGAAACCGCUGCUAUCCUGGGUGGAUCCUGGAGUUUUUUAUUCCGGGUAUCAUUUAUGACCAGUCAUUAUAA